AUUGCUUCCAGAUGUUGCAGGAUGACGGGCGUCGGUGCGGGAAAGACCAAGCGCCGGAGAAAUGUUCCGGGAGGCGGCGGCGGCGCUGGAGGUGAGGAACGGUCAGAGACGAGGGCAGCGGUCCGGGGAGCUGAGGAAGAGGAGCGGAGUUUGUCCUGGCGUAAACAGAAGGCUGUCCAGAUCCAUGAAGCUCUGACUUGUGACCCUGUGGACGUGGAGAAGCUGCGGGAGGCUGCAGUCAGCGAGGGUGGGCUUCUCAGUCAGGAGAUCCGCCGCAGGGUGUGGCCCAAACUUCUCAAUAUCAAUGUGUUCUGCCUUCCCCCCAAACCAGGACCCGCCCUCCGAGCAAAUCACCCGGAUUAUAACCAAGUGCUAAUGGACGUCCGACGCUCACACAAGAGGUUCCCAAGCGGGAUGGCGGCGGCUGAGCGGUCCGUGUUACAGGAGCAGCUGAUAGACAUGAUCCUGUACGUCCUGCACGCACACCCUGAGCUGCACUAUUACCAGGGCUUCCAUGAUGUCGCGGUUACUUUGCUGUUGACUGCUGGGCUCCGGCUGGGCACCGCCAUGCUGCGGACCCUCUCCACACAUCACCUCCGAGAUUUCAUGGACCCUACGAUGGAGCGGACCCGACAUGUGCUGAGCUACCUGAUGCCGCUGAUACAGAGAGAGAGCCCCGUGCUGCAUGACUUCCUGCUCAGGUCAGAGGUCGGCUGUAUCUUCGCCCUGAGCUGGCUGAUCACCUGGUACGGACACGUCCUCAGUGACUUCCAUCAAGUCCUCCGGCUCUACGACUUCUUCAUGGCGUCUCACCCCCUGACCCCGGUCUACAGUGCUGCACAGAUGGUUCUGAUGCGGGAGGGCGAGCUCCUGCGGGGUGACUGUGACAUGGCCAGCGUCCAUCAGCUCCUGUCCCGGAUCCCUCCUGAUUUCCCCUAUGAGACCCUUAUUUCCCGGACCCACAGCUUGUUCCAGAGACGCCCCCCGUCCGAGCUGGAGAGGCAGACGUCCCUACAACGGCUGAAGAGCAUCUCCGCAGCGUCGUUCCGCUCCCUGCAGAUCUCCAGCGCGCAGCAGCGCCCGGAUUUUGUGCUUCGUCAGCAGGUUUCCCCUCCUUCAGAUAUGCUACCUGCUCGGUCUCACAACACCCUGAUGAAGCUGGCGGUGUGGGGGAUCUCUGCCUCCCUGGGGGCCGCAGCUCUGGCUGUAACGCAGACUGCUCUGGAGUGGGGCCCCGAUUUGCUACUGAGACUGUUCUGAGGCUUCAGGGGUGCUUACAAUGAACAUUUCAGGUUCAGGACGACGGGCAUUGGGUACUGAGAAGGCAAUGUAAUCAGGGGCUGGAGAGUGGUCCUGGGGAGCUGGGGGAGACUGGCAUGUCUAAGCGCGGU